GUAUCUGCAAAGGAAGCAGUAAACGUAGAACAGGCAUUCAUUGAAAUAGCUCGUGAUGCAUUAAAACGCGAGGCGCAAGAUGUGCAAGACUUUCCGGAGUUUCCGGAUCAGAUACGCCUUGACAAUCGGGAAACAGCACAGCCAUCGGGAGGUUGCAAUUGCUGAAAACAAAUCGGCUUGCAUUUAUCACGUCUAA